AUGGCUGAAGAUCUGCGUUGGCACUAUACCAAUGCCACUGAAGACGGUACAAUGCGGCACCCCGUUGAUUCUAUCUCUUGGGCACAAGUGAAUGCUAAAUGGCCAGACUUUGCUGCUGAUCCACGGAAUCUUCGACUUGGGAUUUCCACAGAUGGGAUGAACCCUUUCUCCAUGCAAAGCACCAAUCACAGCACAUGGCCAGCUGAGAAUAUAAAUGUUGACUUGUUGAUCCCUGGUCCUACUGCUCCUGGUAAUAACAUAGAUGUUUACCUAGCACCACUGAUAGACGAUCUAAAAGAUUUGUGGGCUGAGGGUAUUGAAGUGUAUGACUCAUUUGCGAAGGAGAAUUUUAAUCUCAGAGCCUUGCUGCUUUGGAGUAUCAGUGACUAUCCAGCCUUAGGAACACUGUCUGGAUGUAAAGUAAAGGGGAAACAAGCCUGCAAUGUAUGCGGAAAGGAUACACCUGCAAGGUGGCUUAAGUUUAGCCGCAAGUUUGUCUACAUGGGUAACAGAAGGAGACUACCGCCUGGCCAUCGUUACAGAUAUAAAAAAGCUUGGUUUGACAACACUGUGGAGGAAGUGAAUGCGAAUAGGAUACAAACAGGCGCUGAGAUAUAUGAAACACUACAAGCUUUACGAAUGAUUUUGGAGUUACCUGUUCGUCACAAUAUUGAUGUUAUGCACGUAGAAAAGAAUGUGUCUGAUGCUAUAUUGUCUCUGUUGAUGCAAAGUGCGAAGUCAAAAGAUGGGUUGAAAGCAAGAAAAGACUUAGAAGAUAUUGGAAUCAGAAAGCACUUGCACACAGAGGUGAGGGGAAAGAAAACAUACUUACCUCCUGCUGCCUACUGGUUAUCGAAGAAAGAGAAGACCAUUUUUUGCCAAAGGUACAUGAAAACACUAAAGGCUUUUGUGAAGAAUUAUGCAAGGCCAGAAGCAUGUAUGGCUGAGGCGUAUUUGGCUGGAGAAUGCGUUGCAUUCUGUUUAGAGUUCCUUAAAGAUUCAGUACCAGUUCAAGAAGCAGUUAAUCGUAAUGAAGAUGUCGAGACUGACACAAUGGUGGUUGAAGGCCGACCUCUGCAGAAGGGUAUAGAGGUUACCCUUUCAGAUAAAGAUAGAGACAUUGCACAUCGCUAUGUGCUAAUGAACAUGGCAUCUUUGGAUCCAUUUCUUGAGAUGCAUUUGGAAGAGUUGCAAGCAAAGGAUGCUCGAUUGGCUAGAAAUGAAACUUUGUUAUGGAAAUACCAUACUGACCACUUUGCAGAAUGGCUUAAAAAUAAGAUUCAUUCAGACUCAACAGAUAGUCAUUCUAAGGAGAUAAGGUGGUUGGCAUUUGGGCCAAGAAAUGUUGCUUUAGCACAUAAAGGAUUCAUCAUCAAUGGCCAACGGUUUCAUACUGAUGCGGUCAAGCUGAAGACACAAAACAGUGGAGUAACUUAUGAAGCCUUUAGCAUGUGUAGAUCAAGUGCUCGAGAUAUGAGACAGGUUUUCUACUCUAGGGAGGAUGAUGCUUCAAAUUGGUAUGUUGUUAUGAGAGCACCACCUAGAGGUUAUCAUGAGUUGGAAACAGAAGAGGAUUUAGGUGGUGCUCCUUUACCUGUCCAAGAAGUUGAUGAUAUGGGUGAUGAAGCUUCAGAUGAUGAUAGUGUUUAUGUUAGGGAUGAUUGUGAAGGUUUAUUAGUGGUAGAUUAA